AUGUGGCAGCUGACUUGUGCAGUUUCUAAUGUGCAUCAAUACCAUACACAUUUCACAUGUAAUUACCAUAAUAAACAACCAUAUGUCAUGACUACAAUAUGGCAUUAAUGAAGUGAGGGGAAAUCACCCAUUACAUUUGAAAUAUUUUUCCUAACACAUUGUUUCGAAUUGGGCAGGAUUCUUGGUGGCAGUCUUGUCAGUAAGCUAGUCUGCCGCAUUGAGAGCGCAGAUGCGCUGGAACCUUGCUCGGGACCAGUUCGCUUCCUUCGUCCCUUGCCCUGUUAAACUUGGAAAUUGAAGAGACUGCCUCCUCCAUGACUAGAAAGAUGACUGCAAGUUGGGGAAAUGAUUAUGUGUUUUUCAUGGCGUGAUGUAAAGGAUUGCCGAAGCCAGACUUUUAGCUGGAAUCUACGCAUCCGAACACGAGACGCACGGGGAAGGAGGGUUAAGCAAUCACCCAAAAAAGGAGUGUCUUAGGUCAGACUGUGGGAGGACACCCUGGUGGAGAGUGUGGCUGGUGAAGACAGUUUGACGGACACUGGGAUACAGAGGUGGUCUAACCCCACUGUAUCAUGGGUAAUCUCACCAGCAAGGAUGGCCAUGGGCCUACAGCUCUUCUCUCUACAGGAUCACAUUUGGAUUUAUUCCACACACCACCGACCUCCCCCCUGGACCCAAGCUUACCUGGGCCAUUGCUGCCCCAGGCUGCCGUCAAAGAUCUUCAGGCCAGGUUGGUGUCUGAGGGUGCAGGGGAGUCGGCCUCCCAGGAGGGCGCCCACCCAGAGUCCCCGCUUAACAAAACCUUAACAAAAGAGUGGGCCGUGAUUGGACCCGAAGCCCUGGUGUUGCCCAGCAGGGCAGGAACUGAGGUGGCCAGGGGACAGGGCUUGGGCACCCCCCUGACCCCGGUGCUGUGCCUCACCCCUGGCUGGCAGGAGAAGGACAGUGGGCUGGAACAGUCCUUGUUGGCCGCAGCUGGGGAAGGCACCACGUUGUCCCCACUGGAGCUGCAGGAGCAGCAAUACAUGGUUUCCCCAGAGUCAAGUCCUGUCCACGAGGAACCAGUGUGCUCAACAGCUCUGCUUGAACAGCUGCUGGUGGAGAGGGCGGAGCUAGUGGAGGAGGGGAGGAGCCUGAAGGACAUUCUACAGACAGAGCGGAGUGAAUGGCUGCAGUUCCAGGCAGACCUCCAGGUGGCGGUAGCAGUUGCGGACCGUCUCCGCCUGGAAGCAGAAGAGGAGCUGGCCAAGCUCAGACAGACCCAUCAGGACACCGAACGGCAGCUGGCUGACAUGCUCUGCAAGCAGCAGGAGACAGACGGCAAGCUGGAGUCCCUGAGGGCCCAGCACGAAGAGACCUGCCAGAAACUGUCCACACUGGCCCUUAGCCACAGGCAGGCCAGGGAGGAGCUGGAGACCGUCAGGGCCGAGCACAAAGAGACUUGCCAAAAACUGUCCGCCUUGACUUUGACCCACCAGCAGGCCACAGAGGAGCUUGGAGCACUGAAGGACAGAGAGGGGACACAGGCAGGGAAGGGACAGGAUUUGGAGGAGCAGACCGAGAGCAAGGACAAAAGAUGCGUCUUGGAGGACAUCCAGAAAGAGGAGGAACCACAACAUGGGGGAACGGGGGUGGCGUGGGGAAAAGGGAAAGGUAAAGGGAAAGGGAAAAGUAAAGGGAAUGGGAAGGGACAGGACUUGGAGGAGCAGACCGAGAGCGAGACCAAAAGCUGCAUCUCGGAGGACAUCCAGAAAGAGGAGGGACCACAACGUGGGGGAACAGAGGUGGCGUGGGGAAAAGGGAAAAGUAAAGGGAAUGGGAAGGGACAGGACCCGGAGGAGCAGACCGAGAGCGAGGACAAAAGCUGCAUCUCAGAGGACAUGCAGAGAGCGGAGGAACCACAACAUGGGGGAACGGGGGUGGCGUGGGGAAAAGGGAAAGGGAGAGAGAAGGUACAGGACUUGGAGGAGCAGACCAAGAGCGAGAACAAAAGCUGCAUCUCGGAGGACAUCCAGAAAGGGGAGGAACCACAACGUGGGGGAAAGGGGGUGGCGGAGUGGUACCUGAGGAGUGUGGCGGCGGUGGAGAAGAAGAGAGAAGAGGGAUAUUCUGGGAGGGAUCCCCGGAGAAUAGUGAUGCUGUCUGAGAGGUCCAGAAGUCUCUCUAGAAUCCCCCUGCCCUCUGAAACCCCAUCAGCAGUGAAUGGUAGCUCCCAGCCUAUGGCAACAACAACUGGACCCCUCAGCAAGAACCAAGACCCAGCAAGAGGAAUGAGGGUGGACCGAAUCCUAAAAAGACAAGACAGCUGGUCCAGCUUCUAUUCAAGCAAACAGGAGGAUCACAUCCCUGAUCCAUCGUCUGUGAUCAACAGUGUAAUCAGACCUCAGGAUAGUUUCAGCAUGCUGCUGCGUCGUCAUGGUGGCUCAAAGCGAAAUUCUCUGUUGCGCUGGUGCCAGAGUCGCACGCAGGGUUAUGAGAAGAUUGACAUCACCAAUUUCAGCAGCAGUUGGGUGGAUGGGCUGGCCUUCUGUGCUGUGUACCAUACCUAUCUUCCCACGCAUAUCCCCUACAGCACACUCAGCCAGGACAGCAAGAAAGAGAACCUAGAGUUGGCCUUCCAAACUGGGGAGAGUGUGGGAAUCAUAGCUAUGCUGACCAUUGACGAGAUGCUGAGAGUGGAAGGUCCAGACUGGCAGAGGGUUCUGGGAUAUGUGGAGAGCGUCUACCGCCAUUUUGAGAUGUGACAUUGCCCCUCUAUGCCUCAGAAUGGCGCACUUGUCCAGCCCUCUGAAGUGUACCCCAUGCAGAUUUGCUGUAUGAAUCGGUACAAAGGCACUGGCGUCAAUUGCUCACUGGGGGAGCAAUAUUAGAAUUCAUGUCAAACUCAGGAGCACUACAGUAUUCAAAAUGCGUCCAACAGUGCAGACUGCUGGCCUCUGGAAGCAGCUGCAUUCCUUUUUGCCCUUUUUGCCCUUUUACUAUUCCAUUAGUAUUAGGAUCCGUCUGGCAACAAACAUUCACACAAACUUUCAUUUUAGCAAUUUCCCUGAAUGAAGGGUAUUCCUUCUGGUAUUUGUCAUCCAAGACUGCUUAAUGUUCCGUACGAAAUGCAGAGCAAGUAAGUAAAGGCUUACUCUCAAUUUUCACUGCUAUAACUUCAAGGAUGUCAACACAAGAUGAUUUAUAAGCAAAUCAUUUUUAAAGCAAUGGAAAUUUCACAUUGAAAGACUUGUUAAUUUUGGGUGGGUAGUAAUGCCAGAUGUCAUCAGCCUUUAACUGGCUUUGAUUUCUUUCACUUUGCAGGGUGGCUGUUUUUUUUGGUUUGUUUUUCUUUUUUACUUUGUAAAUGCUAUGCACCUAUUUGCACUUUGACAUAUUAAAUUGACUGGCACAAGUUACAAGAAGUUGACCAUGGAAGAGGAUAGCAGACAGGCCCAAUGUCUGAGCAUGUUCCACCUGCACCAGUGUUCCAGCUCUCAAGCUACUGGAUGAAAAUUAAGCAAAUGAAUAGCAACAUUUCUAAACAUGGGACUUAAAUUUUUUAAUUUUACUUUAAAAAGCUUGUGUAGCAAUAAAAGUCUUCCUAUAUAUCAAAUACAACAAGCACAAACUAAAAAAGGGGAAAGAACACCCAAUGACUAGGUUGUCGGUAAAGGGGGCCAUCCUAUUCAGGUAAUGGGUGUCAAAUCUUUGAAAGCUUUAACAUGUAUGACGAUGUGUUCAUUCCACCCAGCCUGUCAGUGGCUGAAUUCAUCUCUUAUCUUCAUUGUGUACACAUUACCUACCUAAACAGUUAUAUUUUGUAUUUGGAUACAUGGGGUUAUUAACUUUUUUUAUGUGAAAUGUACCAAGUAUGUUAUUAACCAGCUAGAUGUGGAUCUGCAAUGACCUGUUAAGUGGGAGUUCCACUGGCUGUUUCUGGCUGCACACAAACUUAAAAGUUAAUAUGUGGAUACCCCAUGCCAGAUGUGUGUGUGUGCAUCCAUGGGCAGCCGAUAGUCUUACCAAAGGCCUCAGAUUGUGGUGUACAGUGCAAGGCUGCUAUGGAAAUCCUUGGAAAGAGCCCCACAGUCUAAUGUGAAAAGAAAUGUCUACUGUAUAUAUUACUAUGUAAUCUGCUGCCAAAGCCUUACAAUAAUAAUAAAGUCUAUCAGUCUAUCAA